AUAUACUCCUUAUUCCCGCCCGGUAAACAAACAACUACCACCACAAUCACAACCCGCUACACAAGAGAAGAGAUAAUGGUGACUUUAUGUAAUAAUCAGAUAUUGCUUUCUCUUUCAUUAUCUUCAUCUCAAUCUGCAGCUCUACCACAAUUUAAUCACCUCGCCCGUUUUACUCGGAGACACUGGAAACUCCGGCAGUACAAUUACUCCUCAUACUCUAGGAUCAAAAAAUUUCAGCUUGUGAGUGCUAAAAAUUAUGAUGCCGGACAUUCGGAGGAUGCUGAGGAGAUAGUGCACAAGGCUUCUGAUGAAUUAACUGGUAGUCUGGAAGAUAAAACUGUUCGCACAGGAAGUUCAUUUUUGGCAAAACUGGCAAUUGCAUUAGGUAUAGCUGCUACUAUUACAUUUCUAUCUAUAGGCCUUAAGCAGCCUAAUCAAGGAUCAAAUUUUGGAAUUCAAUUUCUGGUUGAUGGAUCAUCAUCUUCCACAAUUUCUACACCUGCUCCUGGUUUUUCUUUCAAAGCUUUUGGCUAUAGAGUCAUGCUGCCAGAAUAUGCUCCAGGAUGGAUCUACUUUUGGCUUCUGAUGGCAGCUGGUUUUGGACUUUUUAUCAGUGAGGAGGCUUUGAAUAUAUGGGUUGGAAUCUCUAUAGCACGGAUGCUUGUUCUAGAUGGGACGUGGCAAUCACUAGUGAACUCCUUUUCCAGGAAUUCUCCAUAUAUAACAUCCACUAUUCUCUGGGUGUACUGGGGAGUUUGCAUCAGUGAUAUGAUACCUUUUUACCUUGGGAUGCUUUUUAAGCAAUCUGGUGCAUCCGAUGAUAUUUGCUCAAAGUUAGGGAUCGGAAAUCAGAAGGCAAAAGAUAUUACAAACGCUGUACAAAAACAUGGGAAUCUCAUUGGUUUUGUGGAACGGUUUUCUCUUGGAGUAAGAAAUCCCACUGCUUUCCUUGCAGGGACUCUGGAUAUAUCACCAGAUUGUUUCUUUGCUGGUGUCUGUUGUGGUGGCUUGAUAACUCUUCCAAUUCAGUUGACAAUUGGAUUUUUACUAAGAGAGCGUCCAGUAUUUGCCGUUGCAACAGUUGCUACUGUAGUGGGAAUCUGGACUGUAUUCCCCUAUGCAGUGGCUGCUUCUACAGCAUUAUUCCUAUAUCUACGGCACCAGUUUUCUGGUUAGGCCUACUCAUUACUUUUAUGAUUGGUUCACAAGUCGUAAAGAAUGUAGAGGUGGGCACUGAUGCAAGCCUGGAUGGACAUUGUUAUUAUUUGUUAACAAUCAUCCAUGACUUCCCCUAUCUUCCAAGGUGAAAGGAGACCUUUAUAUGUGAUAUAUAUCAAUAAUUUAAAAUAUUCCCGACUCAAAUUUAGAAGUUGUCAUAGAGUUACAUUAACAUUUAAUUCAAAUAGAGAAAGCUUAUAUUUGCAAAUUGUAAUCUGCAGUAGUGAAGGUCUAAUUUAUCAAUUGGCUAGUCCUUCAGAUGCUAAAUAGGAAAGUUGAAUGCUGUAUGCAUCUUUGAGCUCA